GGGGCCCCCGUGUCCUUGCCCAAACUCAAAAAAGCCUAUGAAAAAGGUACUAGGGGCAUCUCAUGGGGCCCCCUACUGACCCCGGGCCCUCCGGCAGGGAUCAUGGGGCCCCUGUGUCCUUGCCCAAACUCAAAAAAGUCUAUGAAAAGGUAUCAGGGGCAUCUCAUGGGGCCCCCUACUGACCCCGGGCCCUCAGGCAGUGCCCGAGUUUCCCAAUGGUCAGUCCACCCCUGGCUGGGACUGCACUAGGCAAUGCUG